AAAGCGAAGACUGCUGAGCACCGGCAUAGCAUGCGCCGUUUGCUGGUUGCCAACCUAUUAUUGGGCGUCGCACAACCAUGAGGUCUCCACGCCCGUACUGAGCCUUCUGGGCCUCCGUCUGCCCGGCCUGCCCCGCGCCAUCAUCGAUUCGCUCUACCUGUGCGCCACCCUCUUUGCCGGGCCGCUGCUCUUCUACCUGCACAGCUUGGAGGGCCCUCAGCCGCCACCACCAUCGCCACCGCCACCGCCGCCACGGCACACGCGGGCUGCUGCUGCUGCUGCCGCAACCCGUGAGGCAGACGCGGCAGCAGCAGCAGUACCGGUGCGGGCGUACGGCGGCCAUGAAUUUGACGUUGCUGCUGCCUCCGGGGAGCUCAGAUGGCGGCAACGCCAGGGCGGCGAUACAGCGGUGGCGGCGGCAGCGGAAGUCGACGACGGUCGCUGCGCUGGUGCUGAGGUUGGAGGCGGCAGCGGCGGUAACAGUAGC